CCAGUUGCGUGUUGAGCGAGGCCAGUGUGUCAUUGGACGAAGGGGAGAUGAGGCAGGGCCUGAGGACUUUUUGCAAAAGAGCAGGUUAUAGUUUGGGUGAUCCGCUGGUGCUGUGCUGGUGGAGGCUGUCUUGAGAGGACGGAAGGAUGACCGGAGAGCUGGACUCAGUCGGUCCAGAAGCAAGGAAAGGUCCAGAUGCCACCGAGGCUGGGAGCAGAAGGGAACCGUGGGAAGGCACCAUGCAGAGCAGCCUGGGAGAGGAUUUUCCCCCUUCGGAUGUGCAGCGCCAGCAAUUCAGGCACUUCCGCUACCAGGAGGCCGAAGGGCCCCGAGAGGCUUGCAGCCGACUGCACCGUCUUUGCCACCAGUGGCUGAAGCCAGAAAGGCACAGCAAGAAGGAGAUCCUGGACCUGGUGGUCUUGGAGCAAUUCCUGGCUGUCCUGCCCCUCGAGAUGGAGAGCUGGGUCAGGGAAUGUGGGCCAGAGACCAGUUCCCAGGCGGUGGCCCUGGCAGAAGGCUUCCUCCUGAGCCAGGCAGAUGCCAAGAAUCAGGAGCCGCAGGUGCAGGAAAAGUUCGUGCAGGAUCGUUACCACGGUGUGGCAUUUCUUGGCGGUGCCUUAAAACCGACGAUAUAUUCUUUGUCGACUCUUUGUAGCAGAGAGAAAACGGCUUCCGUUCUGCAAGAUCGAGGUCCGGUGACCUUCGAGGAGGUGUCUGUUCAUUUCACCGAGGAGGAGUGGGCUCUGCUGGAUUCGGACCAAAGAAGCCUUCACAAGGAAGUCAUGGAGGCCAAUCGUCAGGCUGUGGCCUCUCUGGUAGAGACUGUCAGUUGGCGAGAGAGGCUUCAGAAGACUGGAGGCAGGUAAGGGUUGUCCCCAUCUUCGAAGAAGGGGGGAAAGGAGGACCCGGGUAAGUACUAACUUGUCAGCUUGACAUCCAUGCCUGGAAAGGUUUUAGAACAAAUGACUAAGCAGUCAGUCCUUGUGCACUUAGAAGACUGUGAUGACUAAGAAUGGCCUUCAGGGAUAGGGUCAGGAGGACCUCCGAAAGAGACUGGUAACAUCUGCAAGACGAUCCAGCGCCUUAGCAGCAAAAAAGAGUGGGAGUUUCCAGGCCCCCCCCCCCACUUCAUGGAUGCAGGAGGAAGGAGGCCUACAAAGAGCGCUGCUCACUCUCAAACCCUCCUCCCUUUAGUUACCAGCAGCCGUCUUUCUUACACGAGGCACGAAGAUUAAUCUUUUAGAUUUGGAUAGCUGAGCAUUAUUAUUUUUGUCUGAGCUAAGUCUCCAUGCCAAAACUUCUAAAAGGAACCAGUACUUUUUGUUGAGAGCUGAAUAAAUGGUAGUUCUUUGUAUUUUCCCUAUGCGCUCGUAUCAAAAAGAGCAAUUCAUUUCCCCAAGGUUAUAAGGGGAAUGACCCUUGUUCCU